CACACAACCCUCGCAGCCGCCUCCUCCUCCUCCAGCUCGCACCCCCCCAUCCCCAUCCUCGAGCCUCCCCGUCCGCCCCCCGCGACGCCCGCCGCUCUGCCCGCACUGGCGAGAGAGAAAAUGGAGGACGGGGCUGCGAGCAGGUAUCCGCGAGGAAGCAGCACCAUCAUCAGCACCAUCAUCAGCACCAUCAGCAGCAGCAGCAGGUAGCGCCGCGCUAUGCCACAGCUCCACUGAGGAGUAGCAGCAGCAGCAGCGGCGGCGGCAGCGGCGGCAGCGGCGGCGGGGAUUCCACGGGGAGGCUGUGUGCGCCAUCCCCCCCCUCUCUCUCUCCAACCAACAACAAAAACAACGACAACGCGGAGGAGGAGGUCUCGCUCUUUGCGCGCCGUACGCCGCGCUCACCCCCCCCCCCCCCAUCAUCAUCCACGCGGGCACACAGCGAGUAUCGUCGGCGGCGGCGGUGGUGGCGACGCAGAGCGGGGACGGCACGACGAGAAGAGGGGGGGGAGGUGCAGAGGAGACGCGAGAAGAGAGAGGGGGGAGAAGGGGAGAGAGCGAGAGAGCGCUCCCCCUUUGCGCGCUCCUCUCGCUGCCGCGCGCGCGCGUGGGGUGAGUGGUGAGCGAGCGCCACUUCGGGGGGGGGGGGGGUCCUGUUCCGAAGCUGCUUGGAGCGAGUUGCGAGCCGUGGUGCCGAGCGUGUGGGUGAGCCGCGGUGUCGAGCAAGAGAGCCGUGGUGCCAAGCGUGUGAUUGAGCCGCGGUGCCGAACAAGAGAGCCGUGGUGCCGAGCGUGUGGGUGAGCCGUGGUGCAGCAAGAGAGCCGUGGUGCCAAGCGCGCGUGGUGCCGAUCGGUGCAAGCGGCGGACCAGCACAAGCGGGGUUCGAGCCGCGGUGCCGAGCGAAAGGGAGCCGCGCGGAGCCGCGCUCGAGAGCCGCGGGGUGGGAGUCGGGCAAUGCGCGGCGGACGUCGCCGCUGCCGCCGCUGCCGCUCCGUGGCUCCGCGCUUAAAUGCGAGUGGCGCUGCGGACGAGCGCAGACGCGGCGCACGGAGCGAGGCGGCGGCGGAGACGGAGGAGGAAGCGGCUCCAAGGCGCGGGGGCCACCACCUGGACGGGCCGUGGGGCCGCGGGCAUCGGCAACAACAGCAGGGGCAGCAGCAGGGGCAGCGGCGGCGGCGGCGGCAGCAGCGACGAGGAGGAGGAGGAGGAAGAGGAGGGGGACCGGGAGCCUCGACAGAGACACCACCACCAUCUCCUCCAUCAUCAUCAACAGCAGCAGGAGGGGAAGAGCGUGGUGUGCGCGGGCUGACGUCAGCGCUGAGACGCCAGCUGUGACGGAGUGUGUCGCUGCUGAGGAGCGAGGGAGAGGGGGAGGGAGCGACGCAGGAAGAGAGGACGAAGCUUAACAAAAGAAAACAACAACAAAAACAAAAGAGGAAAACCCGUCCCAUUUUCUCGCCACCAACGGCGCCGCCGAAAAUGAUGGAGGUCCCGAGCCACGCGAAGCAGCUGCUGUCGCAGCUCAACAAGCAGCGCAGCCAGGGCUUCCUGUGCGAUGUCGUGGUGGUGGUGGAGAACGCGCUGUUCCGCGCCCACAAGGCCGUCCUCGCCGCCAGCAGCCUCUACUUCAAGUCGCUCGUUGUGCACGACAACCUCAUCAACCUGGACUCGGACGUGAUCACGCCGCCUGUGUUCCGCGCCGUGCUCGAGUACAUCUACACGGGCCGGCUCGGCGGCUCCGCCGUGUCGGCGUGCGGCGCCGGCGUGGGUGGCAGCGAGCCGGGCCUGGCCGCGCUGCUCACCGCCGCCAGCUACCUGCAGCUGCCCGAGCUCGUGGCGCUGUGCCGCAAGCGCCUCAAGCGUAACGGCCGCAUCGGGCCAGGCCGGCCGCCCUCCGUGGCAGUCGGAGGAGGCGCCGCGGCCCUCGCCGUGCGCGCCGCCGCCGCUGCGGCCGCCGCGGCCGCUGCCGCGGCGGCCGCCGCUUCCACCGGCUCCGCGGCCGGGGUGCCAGGAGUCGGGGGGCCGCCCGGGGCCGUGCCGGGCCUGGAGCGGAGCGGCGACGAGAAGGAACGCACGAGGACGCCCACGCCCACCCCCGUCAUCCAAUCGUAUUUCUCUACCUCAACCCCGAGCCGGGAAGUUCCGCGCGUCGGGGAGCUGCAGCGCGUCGGGGAGCUGCACACCCUGGGCUCCGGCGUCGGCGAAUAUUUCCCAUCGCGUGUGGCUCCGGACGACGCGGGGCUCGACCUGCGCGGCGGCGCCGGCGGUGGCGGCGGCGGUGGCGUCUCGUCGAGCGAGCGGAGCCAGCUCGUGGGCCUCGACCUCUCCAAGAAGAGUCCGAUUCGUGACUCCCGCUCGUCCUGCGGCGGCGGUGCGGAGCACGCGGACCGACUGCACUCGCCGACGCCCGCCCCCUCCGGCGCCGACGGCUACGAGGGCCGCGGCUCGGGACUAGGCGAGGCGGAGGCCUGCCUGGGCCUCAUCCGACGGACGGCGCCGUCCCCGCUCGGCAGCGGCGGCGGUGGCGGCAACGGAGGCGGCGGAAGUAAGCUGCCCGUCUCCAGCGGCGCCGCAGACGGGCUGCCACUGCCUCUCAACACGAGCUGGCUCAAGCAGGAGCCGGCCGAGCGGCCGUGCGACCGGAAGGAUCAGGACCUGCACCAUGGGCCAUCAGCUCAGGGCGACCACAAGACCCCUCCGAACUCUUGGGCCGGGGCGUCCGGCGAUGACGACGAGGUGCCCGUGCCGCCAAGCAACGGCGUCGUCGUCUAUUCGGGAAGCUCAAAGUCCGACGGCGGUGGAGGAGGCGGUGGCGGCGGCACGGGGCUCUACCAGACGACACGCUCGCUCCUCGGUGUCGCCGCCAUGGAGGAGGACGACGACGACGAUAACCGCAGCCUGAACGACGAGAGCGGGAUGAGCGACACGGGCAGCGGCGGCUCGGAGCCCGGGCUCGAGCGCUACGCCCACUGCAACCACCACCACCGGCACGCGGCCGCCUACGGCGAGCCCGACGCCUUCGGCGGCGACAACCUCUACGUGUGCAUCCCCUGCGGCAAGGGCUUCCCCAGCUCGGAGCAGCUGAACGCGCACGUCGACACGCACACCGAGGAGGAGCUCUACCAGCGCGAGGCCGGCGGCGGAGGCGGCGGAGGCGGCGGAGGAGGCGGCGGCUGCGGCGGAGGAGGCGGCGGCUGCGGCGGCGGCGACGACGACGACGACGGCAGCAGCGGCUGCGCGGGAGGCGGCAGGGGCGGCGGCGGCCCUCCCUCGGCGUGCGGGGGAGGCGGCGGCGGGGGGCCCGGCGGUCUCGACGCGGGCUGCGCCGACGACUCGGCGGAGGCGCGGCCGUACCGCUGCAUGGCGUGCGACCGCGCCUACAAGGACGCGGCGACACUGCGGCAGCACGAGAAGACGCACUGGCUCACGCGGCCGUACCCCUGCGCCAUCUGCGGCAAGAAGUUCACGCAGCGCGGCACCAUGACGCGCCACAUGCGCAGCCACCUGGGCCUCAAGCCAUUCGCGUGCGAGGAGUGCGGCAUGCGCUUCACGCGCCAGUACCGCCUCACAGAGCACAUGCGCAUCCACUCGGGCGAGAAGCCCUACGAGUGCCAGCUCUGCGGCGGGAAGUUCGCGCAGCAGCGCAACCUCAUCAGCCACAUGAAGAUGCACAGCGCCGGGCAGGCCAUGUGAGGCCGCCCCCCCCGCUCCCUUUCUUUCUGGACCCCCCCCCCUUCCCCUCCGGCGCAAUGGGCUGUGGUGGCCGGCGCGUGGAGGUGAGCGAGCUAGCCGGUGAGCCCGGCGCGUUUGCAUCGGGCCGAGUCUGUGAGCUGGCGAGCAGGCAUCCGCAGUUUGUAGGGUUUUCGAUUAACCGUCCGUUUGUCAUCGGCGUUGCCGCUGGAACAGAUUUAACCUCGUGACACUGCGCCAGCAGCACCUAUAACCUGAUUUUAAGAAAUCCAUGGACCAAAAUUUACGAUGGUUUUUAUAUGCGUUAUUUUUUUUUAUAUGAGUGUACGUCCCUUUUAAAGUAACAUGUUAAAGGUUAUAAUUUUACAGGUGUUGGGCUGUCAUAAUUGGGCUUGGUGCAUUUUCGUUUUACGAAAACGGUUAAUUAAUUUUAGUGAUGUCGAUUUGUCCUAAAAGAUCGCUCUGAGCGAACGGCUCGCAUAUCGUGAGAUGUCAUUAAGGCUCGAGGGGGUGGUGGGGAUGGGUAGGUGGAGGGUCUUGGUUGCCGUCUGAACCAAUCGAAGUCAUCGCCACGUGAGGCCUGCGCCAACCAACAGGUGUGUACGGUCAUCGUGCGCAGCCCCAGCUCACCCGCCAGCUCACCCGCCAGCUCACCCGCCAGCUCACACGCCACCACCUCCAGCCGCCGUUCCAUGGCAUCGCUCGCCCUCUCUCGCACACACGACCCCCGCAACUCAGGCAGGAGGCGAUACAAUGCCACUCUUUAAAAAACAUAAAAAGGAACAAAACAAAGAGGUAUUUUUUGUUGUUGUUUAAUGGCCGGUGGUUUGCAUGGGACCAGUGGCUGACAGGGUCAACCGACGCGAGGGGUCGGAUCGUCUUUGAAAAACGGGAAGAGAGAAAGAAAAAAAACGAAAACUUGCCCCGCUUUGCCCGAGGCGCGGCGCCGCAGCAGACUGUGCGGGCGCCCGCCGGCGGGGCUUCCCGAAGCUUUGUGCCGGUAUCGCCAACCCCUCACCGUGUCCUCUCGAUUUUGACCAAUGAAUUGAAUCUGUCUUUUUUUUUUCUUUGCACAUUCCUUUUUGCAGGCUUUAAAAAGAAAAAUAACAAAAAACGGGAACAGCUUACACUACCUGUGACGUAGUGAGGUUUUUUUUUUGUCUUAUCUGUUUAAUCUCUGUUACGAAUGGUAUACGGUAUAUAUAUUUAUAUGAUUGGAGGCCCUACAUUGACUCUUUGACAGGCACUCUGUGUAAGUGUAUGUGACUUGUAAACUAAUUUAAAAUGCAGGAGGGAAGAGUGGCUAUACAGCAGAAAUAAUGAUCAUGGUAAAGACGCACACACGUCUACGUGAGCCUACCCGUGUACUGUACACGAGCGUACAGGAACGUUUGUCCCCCAGGUGAAUGCGCACGUAGAGUGAACUCGGGCCAUGCUUUUCCCUUGCAAAGCAUCUCCUCUGUCCGCCGCGCGCACGAACGUACGUGUGUGCAAACACUCAACGGCCAACACCAAUAACGAAUAUUCGAAGCGAUCCUUGGCCUCCCGUAGUUCGACUCAGCCUCAAAUGAGUACCCAGUAAGACGCGUAAACAUCGUACCAGAGAGACAUAGGUGGCCGAACAUGGUGCUGGCCACCGACCCCCCACCUCGUGUGCCGUGCCCGCCUUUAUAGAUGCUUGAUAACAGCACUUGUACCAACAAUCUGUAAAGUCAAGAUUUAAUCUGUAAAGGGGUGGGGAUAUUUGUCUAUGCACAUAGAUGAAUGUGGAGUGUCUCACUCGCUGCGCCAUGACUCCGGCCACCUAGCUUCCAUUUCCCUGCCCUUGCACAAUUCCUCUUGCAAUUGGAAUCUUAAGCCUGACCUGGGGGGGGGGGGGCUCCCUUCGGUUAACUUUUCCUGGUGCUGUGCAAUCGAACAUCGGCACCUGGCAGACAAAGGUGGUGGCCGAGUUUGUGGCGCUGACCACCACCACCACCACCUUAUUUGCAGCGUUGGUCCUGAUAGAUGCUCGCAGAAAAAAAAGCACUUGCCACCAACAUUCGUUUUGGCCAAAUGGCUUUUGUACAUGAAUCAUAAAUGCCACUUUAUAAAGGUUUGAAUUGGUAAUUAAUAUGAUGUAGCACAGCACUGAAAAAUUGUGUGUGUGUAGAUAGAUACACGCACGCCCAAACAUAAACAUACCAAUUAUAUGCAAAAUUAUUUCUAUAAUAUACGCUUUGCGAGCAGAAGGCUCGAGAUGACGUCUAUAAACCCUUGAACACAUGCUGUACGUCUGUGAAUAUAUGUAUGCAGGUAUACAUAUAUUUAUAUAUGUGCAGUGUAACAUGCGUGGCGGGCACAAGGCAUUUUGGUGCAUUUUGGUGCAAGGCCCCGGCUCCCGAGCAACGAAGGCCGUCCCACGGGACACGCAGCGGCUGAUGUCAUAACGAGACACUCGAGGACCCCCCAGACCCUUUCUCGUCCUCCGCUCGCUCGCUCGCUCGCUCGCUCGCUUCCUCGCAAUCGGGGGGGGGGGGGGGCGUAAAAUCAUUGACUGCAAAAAAAUUCAGUGAACAUUGCGAUGUAAAAAGUAUAUAUAUAUAGGAUACUCUCGCUCUUUGCAAACGGUAAUAUCAAGACGUUUUGAAUUUCUACAAAACAAAAGGUGAAAUAUUCCUAAUGUUUGUCCACAGGACUCUAAAGAACGUAUGUUCACUGGUUAAAUUGAAAUGUGUACAAAAAAAAUGUUUGUCGAGAGAUGUUUUCCUAAAUAGGGGAACGAUGUUUCGGUUACAGUUAAAACUGUGUCGUGUUCAACAUCAGCACUGGCUGCGCGAGCGUGGAGCUUCUCUCCGGCUCUUGCCGAGAAUCCGGCACGGGGGGGUGGUGGCGAUCACCACCCCCCCUGCCCACCCUCUCCCCACCCCCCCGCUUGCCAACGCCAAAAUUGGCGCCUACCAUGAUCAUUAUUUUCUGUGGCGAAAGUGACGAAAACCUGUUCUUAUUUGCAGUUCAUUUUUUUUUAAUCAAUGUCCUAAUGUCUGUAUAGUCACUUAGAGGAAGAAGAUUUGAAAAGAAAAAAAACUAUUAUUAAUAACAACAAUUAUCAACUGUUGACCAAAACGCCUCUGGAUCAAAGCAGUGAUGGCAGGCUCAUGAUAAGGAUGUAAAAAUUGCGAAGGAUAAUAACGAAGGUGUAUAUUUUAGCAUGCUUUUUCUCGUUUGUACGUACCUGGUUUUUUGCGCGCGUAUUAGCUUUGUUCUGUGUCUGUUUUUUGGUAGCGGUGACAGCCGGCGCGGUGUCUGUGGUGUUGUCUUGACAGUAGCAUGGUUCUUGCACAGCACUUAUGUUGGAUAGCUGCUUAGUAAUGCAGUACGUUUUGUUGGCGUAUAACGUUAUGGGUCCUCUGCUCUCUCUCUCUCUGUCUGUCUCCGUCUCUCUCACUCACCCUCAACACUCUCCUAUAAUUUUAAUUUUUUUGUUAAAUAAUUAUUCUUAAUGAUAUUUUUUGUUGUUUUCUAUUAAGUUCCCCUUUCUCCCCUUCCCUUUUAUUCCAAAGCCCACACCUGACCCAUCGCAAGCAAACCAGCUGCUUUAAACCCUUUCCAAACAAUACAACACUUACCUUUCCGAACGGCGGGGAGGAGAGUUGCCGGCUGUGUGCACCGAGCGCGGGGUGUUGGCGUGUGUCGUUCGUGCGUGUGUCGUCCGUGCGUGUUGUUAUCCGUGCGUUGUUCGUGCGUGUGUGGGAACGGUUCCGCCGUUCUUCCCAGCGAGGCAAUGCAGUCGUACCCCCCCCCGCCACCGCCGCCCCCACAAACUCUGGAGCUCGCCCGCCCGCCACCGCCGCCACGGGCUGGUGUGGCCAGACCUCCGUAGCUAAGCGUGCUCCUCACUGCCAAAUCUUGGCGCUUGCGGGCGGGACCCCCCCCCCCCCCCUUUAACGCAGAUUUUGCGUUAUCGACGCAUAUUUUUCUUUUUUAUCCGCAGAUUUCGGGUGGCGGUUUUUACUCCGCGCCUUGGGCUGGGGCCAGGGUAUUGGGUCGUGACGCCGUCAUUGAGGUAGCAGACCGCUGCCGACGUUUGCUUUAAAGAGAAAGAGAGAGAAAAAAAAAACCUAAAAAAUUAUUUAAAAACAAAAUGAACCAAAACUCUUCGUUGGAGGGCAUUAUACAAACAGGGUGUGAUGAGGUAUUUUAGAAGAAGAGAAAAAAAUAUUGAGAGUCAUAUUUUGUAAUAAAAUGUCAGCUUUAACUCUGGCAGCUAAAUUCAGCUGCAAAGUUGUCCAGCUGUUUACAGGAAUAACGUUUAAGGAGUUCGUUUUAGUUUGCGUCUCAUUGUCACUUUUCAUUUUAGCCAUUGCCGUCAAAGAACUUGCGAGAAAGAUAGGCUGUUAUACCGAUAAGCUUUUUUUUUUUUAAACAAAAUGAAAACAAACUCUACCUCAGAUCUUAAGCUUUUCAUGUCUUAAAUGUGUGCAGCGGAGAGCAGUCUACACGAUUAUAUUAGCUUUCAUUUUUUUUUGUCCCCCGUGUUGUUGUCUUCGAAUGCCUGCCGCUCAGUUACGCACGACCUCGCAAGCGAAUCGCUCUCUCCUCACGUGCCGCUGCCAGUGGAUGUACAAGGUGUUGCCCUGACACUUAAGAGGCCUUGAACUUUUUGGCGUUUUGAGUAUUGUGUGUUUUAAAUGUAACCGUGUCACAAGCAAUAUAGACACCAGACGUUACAGAAUGUUGAAUCGGAUUCCGUUAAAUCGUACAAAAAAUGGUAUGUAGAGAUAUCGGUCGUAUUACGGAGCAAACGAAUCACGGACCAUAGACUAACAAUUAAAUUAAACUUGCCAUAUUGUAAAUUGAUAACGUGUAUAUAAUAUUACAAGUAGGGUAAACACAUCUCCUGUUGUUUUAACCGCCUUCGUUACAGUUGUUAGCUUGUAAUUAGAAACAAUUGAACUCAAACGAGUUUCCAGCCAAAGGGGGGACAGACUGCUUGCAUUGCAUCGCUGGGUUCAGUGUGGAUUGUGUUGAGUGUGGAUUGUGUUGAGUGCGGAUUGUCUCUGGUGUGGUGCUGAGCGUGGUGGUUGUGGCCGAGUGGGGUUUGUCAUUGAGCGUUUUUGUUUGGCGUGUUUCUGUCUCGGUGUUAUAAUAUUUGUCGUAUGAUUUGUCUGUGUUGUGUUGAGUGUGGUUUGUGUUUCUAUUGUGAUGAGCGUGUGGUCUGUAUCUUUGUUAUCUUGCGUGUGGUUUGUGUUGAGCUUGGUUUGUGUUUUUCGGUAUUGUGCUGCGUUUGGUUUGUGUGUUGAGAGUGGUGGGUGUCUCAGUUUUGUUUUGCGCAUGAAUUGUGUUGAGACCGCGUGUGGUUUUUGUUGAGCGUGGGUUUCGUGUCUCGGGGUUGUGCCGCGUGUGCUUUGUGUGUUGAGCGUGGGCUUGUGUCUCGGUGUUGUGCCGCGUGUGCUUUGUGUGAUGAGCGUGUCGGUGUUGUUGCUGAGCGCCGGUGACUCGGUGCCACACACCCGUGCCACCCUGCCGACCCUUCGCCACGCCGCGGCGUCUCGAUUAACACGAUGCAGGGAUUUGUACGACUUUGUGGGCUCAAGACAUUUUUUUUGAAAUGCAGUAUUGCAGCUCGCUGAAGUCUUCUGCAGGGAUCUAGAGUAGAGAAACAAAACGAGAGGGAAGAAAAUAACACUAGUCCUUAUUAUUGUGUACGUACUUUUUAUGAUAAGAGUUAUGGUGGCGGGGUGAGGGUUUGGGGGGGGAGGGUUUAAAAUUUUACGUAGUUCUCUUUAACGUUUUAAGAUGAAAUAUUUCUCAGUGUUACAUAACCCAGCUCAAACUUCAAAACUGUUUAGCAGCUUCUGUCCAAAACCAUGGGUGAAUUUUUUGAACCAAAGUUUUAUUUUUUUGAAAUCGAAACCUCAUUUUUAUAAGAACCAAAAAAAAGUUUACAGUGUAUUUUUUAAAAGAAAAGUGGUAGCACUCUCACUAACCGACAUAAACGCCGUGACCUUUUUUUCUUUCAUGUUCAGGCCAGAACCACGCGGAAACAGUGUUUUCAUCGAUUACUCUCGGAAUUUAGUUUUUAUUUCACAUUAUUUUUCUCCUCACGUUCCUUCGGGUUUUUUUUUUUUGCUAUCAGUGAAUGUAUUUAUUGCACGGUUCGUUCUGUGUGGAGGUUUUUAUUUUAAAAUUUUCUGCUUCGUUCAUUGUUUUUGUCUGUUACACAACACACACACACACAAGAGAUACACAUUCAAGUUUUUAUUCACAGUACCUUACCUAGCCAUAGAACAUAUCAGGGGAACACAGAAUGUAAAACCAAUAAGAAUAACGGAGCCGAUCACACUUUUUUAUAACGCUUUAACCACGUUCAACUUUUGCUAAAGCACACUUCAAAAAUGCCUCUGGGUCACCUCAACGGAAGAAGAAAAAAAAAUCUACAUUUGCUGAAAUGUUUCGCACGAGUUUAAAACAAAACAAAAAACCCAGGUGUUGUAUUGUACAAUAACAACGAAACAUUACUUUUUUUUGUUUUACAAUUAUUUUUUGAAAAAAAAUGUUUUGCGUUUUCAAAGCUGUAACUGCGUGUGUACAAAAAAAACAAACCACAAAGGGUAUAUAUAUAACGAAUGCGCUAAGUUUAAGGGGGAGUUGUAACGAAGCAAACCAAAAUAGUGGCAGGUUCAUUUGCGGGCCCGAUGGGGGCCCUCACCCCUCCUGCCCCCGCGCGUUGUGUUGCCGGCCUCCUCGGCCCGAGAAAAGCUUUUUUUUACCCCGUGGUGGCCAUGGUGGUGGCCAUGGUGGUGGUGGUGGCGGCGUUUGUCAUGGUUCAGCACCGUCGUUAAGCGCUGGCCGAAGCCAUCCCCCCCACCACCACCACCACUCUCCCCUAUCCGUUUGACGCUUGAACAGACGGGGGCCCCACGCGAUGGUGAUGAUGAUGAUGACGACGACGGUCGUGUGUGACCACGCGAAUGAUCGGUGUCGCGACGCUCGAGGCUGCCUGUGGUGUCUCUCUCUGUCUCUCGUCUUGUACACGCGUGGCUCUGGGGGCCCCCUCUCCCGCGGACGCGUCUUCCCCGCGACCGGACAGGAGCGUCAGCCUCUCACGGCCCCCCUCUCCCCACACCACCAAUCGCCGUGACUUUGGCCCCAACUCUCGACAAUUGCCACGUGGCCCCUUCGCUCUAUCGCGACGUGGAACGCGCGCGCUCGCAACCGUCACAGCCUCCUCGCUCGCAAAACGAAGCGAUGAGAAAUAUUUAUGAAUUGGCGGAAAAUUGAGAAGUUCUCACCCUACCCCACCCUACCCUCUCUCUCAAAAUAAUGGAGUUGGCCCCCUUUGAAACGGGUUAAUCUCGACGGGCCAUGGCAUUCGCGCACGUGGGCCAGUGCGUCUCCAGAACGCGUUGUUGUACGAGCCAGUGACACGCACGCGUGCAGCGGACGAGCGAUGUUGCGUUGUAACCGACGAUGGUGCUGCUUCUGCUGCUGCUGUUGUUGAUGUUGAUGAUGAUGUGGGUGGUGAAUGAGGUGGUGCCGGGCAGUGGAGGAGGAUGAGGGGAGGCCACGUGGCCGCGGUUUCAUGCAGCCAGAAUCCUCAAGAAGCGAGCGCUCGUUCGAGAACUCCCAGCUUCACGAGCAACGUGGUGGGGGUGUCGUGGGGGGCAGUGACCAACCUGGGUUCUUUACACUAUGAGACCUCCUUUACCAGUGGCAAAAUAUAGUAAUAGGUUUUACCCUUUUGGCGUCAUCUGGUCCAACACCCAAUGGAGACUAGGCUCUAGAAAGCUGUCUCGGGUGUGGACCAAUCAACUUCAAGGACAGUGCAUAUCAUUAUCAUCAUCAGAGUUGUUUCUUUUUGUUUGCAUUUUGACUGCUUGUGUUGUGGUUAUUGCAAACAUGAUGCCUUGUAUAAAGGUGUCAGUUUUUGUACCAGUUGAAAGGGUAAAAACAUAUUACUAUACCAAGCAGGGUGUUGGGGCCACAGUGUGUCCGGUCCUACCGUCACGUCCUCAAUAGACGCGCCACGCACGUUGGGUUAGACGCGUUCGACCACAAAGCGCCCAGCCACAAAGGCAAAACAAUCACUCACUCCCCCCCGUCUCACGGCUCACGGGGGUCACUUCGCAUGACGGACUGCAGGAGGGGUGGUGGGCACUGCGUUGACAAACACCAAUCUAGAACCGGCAGAAUCUCUAUUUGGGCCGGAGGAAUCCGAUGAGCUCUAGAAUAAGCUCUUUAUCGCGGACGUGCCAAGCCCCAACACGAACCCUGUACAACGCAACCCGAUGCAUGGGCCGCAGCUCAAUGCCACGGCCUCCACGCGUCCCAAAGCUCAUCCCCAAAACAUUAAAAAAAGGCACCGCAAACGCCGCAACGCUUUAAGGAGCCCAAAUACGCCCGCUCUGUAAAUUGUCUCCACAAAAGAAAACACCACACACACACACAAACCACUGCUACUAAUCCACUCACAGGCCAGAGAUUGUCGCAUCGCUCCAAAUGUGAUCGACAACAAACAACGAAAAGACGAAAUUUCCGCUCCCCCCGAGGUGAAUGUUUACCUCCGAAAAAAAUCUGUCGGUUCGGCGGGAUGUGAAAGGAGGACGCGGGGGGGGGGGGUGUAUUCAGGCACUGUUGGAUUUGUACAGGGCAUGAAGAAAGAGUCUUGGAGUCUUGAAGGAGGAGUGAUGGCUGGGCGUAGGAGGUGCCGCAUGGGCAGCGAAACAACAUGAAUUGGGGUACCGCAUGGGGCAAGCGAAUGGGAGGGCCCAGGUGGGACAAGGAGUGGGACCGGGUAAGGAAGGUCACGGGGCAGGCUCAGGGCUUCUAUCACCUCGAGACGUCUUGCGUUCAGCUCGGUGUCGAGUCAGAUUGUGUGGCACGGAGAGAGGCGAUACACGCCGUUUGAAUUGGAAAUCUCCGCCAGGAGGAGGAAUGAGGAGACGCAGGGGUAAGCAGCAGGAGGAGAGGAGAGAGAAGUCGGUGGCAACCGCGACAACCCCAAUGAACGCGCUUCGCUGGGUUGUUAGCGUGGACGGGCUUAGCUUGGCUAGGGAAGGGUGGAGACACGGGGGGUGGUAGUGGCGCGUCUUUUUUAGGAACUUGACGGUACCCGAACACACGAAAUGCCCUGGCAAUGUGAGCGAGCGCCUGGGGUCACCGGUGGUGUGUGGGGCAUGCGGUGUUCGAGGAUAUUUGGGGGUGGGUUCAGAGUGAAUCGCAAACAAAAAAAGAACGGGGUGGCCAUUAUAUAUUUCAACAAUAACAUUCAAAACCUCCACCCGGGGCUCGUGAAUGCUGGCGAGGGAGCACGGGGGCGAGCAGAAACCAAAACUUCCACGUGGACUCGCACGUGGUGGCGGUGA